UCCUCCCUCUCUCUCUAAGUCUGUGUGUACCUUUGCUCCUGUGCUGUUUACCGCUACUCCUCCCAGUAUGUGUGUGUAUGUGUGUGUGUAUGUGUGCGUAAAGAGGACCUCUGUGUUUGGCUGGAACCCUGUCUCUCUCUGGCCGGCCUGCCACGUCAAAUGACAGGCUGGAGCCCUGUGUCCUCAGGGAUCUGUGAGGCCAAACUGCCGGUCUCUAGUCUCUAUUCUUUUGACUGGAACAGGACUGAGGAGGACCUUACUGAGCUCAACUGAACUGAAGUGACCUUUGAGGAGAUACUACCAGUCUGGAGGGAGAUGAUGGCAACCCCUGCAGUUUGAGUCCUCUGCUUAGGAAACCCCAUUUGUGCUUUUUGAGUCUGUUUUAUUUUGAUAUUCCGUGAACGGUUGGUUGGUUGGUUGAUUGGUUCGGACUGGAGAUGAGUGGAUUUCUGUACAGGGGCAGGCACUAUGCUGGUGAUCGGCAGGCCCAGCCCAAGAAUGUAGGACACAUGACUGAUGUUUCGUGUGAUGAGGCAGAGCAAGGCCCUUCUCCUCCACUCCUGACCCACAGCCUCAGAGAGUUUGAACAGCACCUAAAUGACCUGAAGAAGGAGAACUUCAGCCUGAAGCUGAGGAUCUACUUCCUGGAGGAGAGGAUCCAGCAGAAGUAUGAGGACAGCAGCCAUGAUGUCCACAAGAGGAACAUUGAGUUGAAAGUGGAGGUGGAGAGCUUGAAGCAGGAACUCACAGAGAAACAGGAGAUUCUGGACAAGGCCUUGUCGACGUCUGAGAGCCAGACCAAUCAGGAUGAGGAGGAGCAGCAGCGUGUCUGUGAGGCGAGGCAGCAGGAGAUCAGUCACAUGCAGGAGAUCCUGGAAACCAAGAUCCAGCUGUUGCAGGAGGAGGUCCAGCUAGCGCGGGCUGAGGCUGAGAAGAUGGCCUCUCUAGCAGAGGAAGAGUCCCAACGCUGCCUGGUCCUGGAGAGAGAGAUGAUGAUGAAGAUGGAGGACGAGGAAGAGUGUGAGGGAGGGUCACUAGGAGCCAGGCUGCAGAUGAAGGCCUUGGCAGAGAAGGAGAGAGUAAUAGAGGAGAUGACUGAAGAAAGGAGAAUGCUGAGCCACAGGGUCGGAGAGCUGGAGGUCAGAGUUCACGACCUCUCCUCUUCCCUCCAGAAGAAAGACAGCGAUGCCGAGUUGCUGCGGGGUGAGAUGAGUCGGAAGAAGAGCUGUGUCCAGCAGCAGAUGCAGAGGCUGCUAGAUGAGCAGCAAGGCAAGCUGUUGCAGUAUGAGAGUGCUGCAGGUCACUGUGUUAGUGAGCUCCAGAAGGCCCAGCUCCAGGUCCACUCUCUACAGGCCAAGAUCAGAGAGAGCGAGGCCGGGAACCAGAAGCUGCAGGUGCGACUGGGGGACAUGGAGUGUGAGCUGCGCUUGGUCAGAGAGGAGGCACAGAGACAGGAACGAAACGUCCUCAACCUCACUGACACUGUCAACAGCAAGGACACUGAGGCAGCAGAGUUGUACCGAGUCAUAGUAGAACAGAACGACAUGCUGUGUUCUCUCAAAGACCUGGCCAACAGAAACCAGGUCCAGACACUACAGGUGUCUGGGGCUGAGUCAGUGCGAGGGCAGGGGAAGGUGCUGGCCCUCCAGGGCUCUCUGUUCCAGGCCCAGCUGGAACUGCAGGCAGGCCAGAGGGCCCAGCGUCAGGCUACCAGGAAGGAGGAGGACCUGACCAGAGCCCUGAUCCGCCUGGAGCAAGACCUGCAGGGGGCCGUGGAACACAGACACAGCACUGACAGACACAACCAGGACUUGCAUCUGGCGCUGGAGAAAGUUCGCUCAGAGCUGCAGCAGAGAAAGGAACAGCUGAAUGAAAAGGAAGGAGAGAGACUGAGAGCGGAAGAGGACAUGGAGAAGACCAUCAGAGAGCUGAGGACCUCGCUUCAGAGCAAAGAGCAGCUUGUGCAGGAGUACUCAGAGUUGUUGGACCAGCAACAGGGGCCCAGGGAGAAGAGUGAUUCUCUCCUCUCCAAACUGAAAGAGCGCAUCAAGGAGAGGGACAGAGCACUGGAGCGAGCGGUGGAUGAGAAGUUCCGCUGUGUGGAGGAGAAGGAGGGAGAGAUGCGCCAGCUACAGCUGCUGCUCAGAGAGAAGGAGAGAGACCUGGAGAGACAACGCUGUGUGUUGUCCAACAACGAAGAGACCAUCAUGAGUCUGGAGGUGCUGGUGCGUGGGAAGGGUCUGGAACAGGAGCAGGUGUGUGAGGCGUGGAGGAGUGUACAGCACCGUCAUGCAAACAGUGAGGAGAGACACAGCCGCAGCUUGAGAGAGAGAGAUGCACUCAUCAGCCAGCUACAGAACGCCCUGCACACACGCACCAAGGAGGCUGAGGACCUGACUGGAGCCUUGCUAGGUAAGGUGAAGGCAGGUCCCUGUGAGGUGGUGGAGGAGAUGAAGGCUCGCCUCUCUCUGAAGGAGAAACUGUUCCAGGAACUGCUGUCCGACCGUGGCCGCCAGGCCCAGGAGCACCACACACUGGUUCAAGACCUGCUCGACACCAUAAGCACCAGGGACCAAUACAUCCAGGACUCAGCAGGUCGUCUGGGUGAGGUGAUGAGUGAGCAGACUGAACGUCUCCAGGAGCUCCGUAGACAGCUAACUUCUGGCUCCCAGUCCUACGGGUCCCAGCUAGGCCUCCAGGGUCCAGACCUCCAUGAUCCAGACCUCCAGGGUCCAGACCUCCAGGGGACCAGCCAGAACUUCCAGGCCCUGCAGGAGGAGCUACGUCUGGCCCUGAGGAGGGAGAGGGAGGCCCAGGCUGAGAUCACAGCCCUCAGGACCAUGGCAGGCCAGACAGACAGGCCAGUCAACAGGCAGGCAGAGUUUGGAGAAUUCAGCUCAGAGGAAGAGGAUGAUGUCAACAGUGACUAUGCAGACAGCAUGGAGGAAGAGGAAUCCAAACUGACAGCUCAAACCCUAGCCACAAUGCAGAACGCAGAGCUUCAUGGAGGACCUGGGAAAGGGAAGCUAUCCCAGGAUCCUGUGAGAGAGGGCCAGGGGCUGGUGGAGGUGAAGCAGCUGGUGCAACAGAAGAGGGUGGUGGAGAGAGAACUGCAGGAACUAAAGGUUCAGCUGGAAAAGGCUGGCUUCUCCUCCCUGUCCCAGAUGAGGAAAGCCCUCGUCACCCUACGCAUGGAAAAUAAGGAGCUGAAGUCUCACCAGACAGAGAGACAGCCAGGGACAGACCUUAGGCAUGAACAGAUGCUUCAGGAGGAAGAGGAAGAGGAUGAAGAAGAGGUGGAUGAGGAGGAAGAGGAGGAGGAGCUGUGUGGGUCUGAGCUGUGGGAGGCCUGGGAUGAUGAUUGUCCUUCCCAGGGGAAGUGCUGUGCCCCCAGGCCCACCCUGAGAGACCCUGGCCUGGGGAGGAGACACUGCACUAGGCCUGUAUCUCUGGACCUGGGAGCCAUGCUGUCCUGCUCCACACAGGAUGAGGAUGAUGAGGAGGAGGCAGGAAGAGAGGCUGGAGGCAGGCGGCACAGCGCCACAGAGACAGUGAUGGUUGAGAAGGCUGUACGUCUGCAGCUAGAGAGCAAGGAGCUGAAGGAGAGACUCAUGGUGUCUGAGGCCACGGUGCAGGCCCAGGCUGAACAGCUCAAAGACUAUAGAGACCUACUAACAGAGACAUCAGUGCAGCAGGACAGUAAGCAAGUCCAGGUGGAUCUCCAGGAUAUGGGUUAUGAGACGUGUGGCCGCAGUGAGAAUGAGGCUAACAGGGAGGAGACCAGCAGCCCAGAGUUUGACGAUCUAGAGAUGUGCACGUCUCUGGAUUGCGGCGGCUCUCAGUGGUGGUCAGGCACUGUGCAUCCUGGGAAGGCCGGUCCUCCAACAUCAACCUCAGAGGCUGACAACAUGACAUCUCUCCAGCGAUUGGUUGAGGACCUUCGCUCCCAGCUCUCCCGCUCUCAGACAGUGAUCCGGAGCCUCCAGGGCCGCCUGCGCUCUCUUUCCACCUCCAGCGAACUCUCCAUUGGCCCCUCCAUCCACCGCAAGGUCAACUGGGGAGUCCAGUUCCAUGCCUCGCCCUCACAGAGCGGCCCAGAGGAGGACGAGGGCUGGGAGUCGUCAGGUGGUGGUCUGGGGCACUCGCCACGCCACCCCAAACCUGACAAGGACCUCCAGGAGCUGGUGUCCCGCGUGGGAGCCCUGGAGGACCAGCUGAGAAAGGGCAAAGGGACCGCAACGCCCACCGAGGAGGGCAAGGCUACCAGCUGGCCUGGGCCGGGGAAGUUUAACACUCUGAUCCAGGCCCAGGCCCGUGAACUGUCCCACCUGCGCCAGAGGAUGCGUGAGGGGCGCGGGGUGUGCCACAUCUUGACCCAGCACCUGGGUGACACCACCAAGGCCUUCGAGGAGCUGCUUCGUGCCAACGACAUAGACUACUACAUGGGCCAGAGCUUCAGAGAACAGCUGGCACAGAGCAGCGCCCUGGCACAGAGAGUCAGCACCAAGAUCAGCGGACGAGACCAUCCCAAGAUUCCUGACGACAAGACUGGCACAGAGCUGCUCGCCAUACGGCUGAGUAAGGAGCUCCAACAGAAGGAUGACGUGAUCGAUUCUCUCCGCGCCAAACUCACCCAGCAUCAACCUCGUUCUGACACACCAUGCAGUAGCCACGCCCUCUCUGACACCACCGACCAAUCAGACCACAUCUCCUUUGUGUCCGAUGAGCAGGGCUCCACCAAUGAGGAUCUGGAGCCGUGCUCAGACAUUGACGCGGCCAGUGAGUAUGGCCAGGAGGACAGACAUGCCUCCACUACAGCCAGUACAGAUUCUCACUGUAACAGUGUCCCCAUGUCACGCCACCCCUCCAUCCCUCCUUCCACCAGUUCAUCUCAUGGACACCAGUCCUCCAUCAGCUGUCCCAGCCUGCAGCGAUCAGCGGACACACAGACACAGACAGGGUUUUCCGUUCCUUCAGUCAAGCCGUUUGGUGGCUUCCCCAUGUCAGCCCACCCUCACCCCCAGCCUGACCCCUCCAGUUACAUGCCCCAGCCUCUGUCCUACCACACCUUCCACCCCGCUGGUCUGAAUGCUAGCCUCAAUGCAAGCCCUGCCAUGAAGGCAGGCGCCAGCCUCCUGGAGAACAGUGCAAUGUGGGACAUGGCCUACGGUGCUCGGUCAAUGAGAGUUGGCACUGCUGAUUUGUCAUCGGGGUCGUCAGGUUACCAGUCUGGCACCAGCCAUACAGGUUCUGACCUGAUUAAAGAACACCUGAGUGAGAUCAGAAGUCUACGUCAACGUCUGGACGAUUCCAUCCAGACCAAUGACCUCCUCCGACAGCAGCUGGAGGAGAGACUGGUCAACCAAGCCAGAGAUAAAUGUGCUCCCACCAACAUCUACAUCCAGGGCUUGGACUCUGUCAGUCAGUUGUCCAGUGAGAUCCGAGUUCUGAAAGCGGAGAACCUCAGCCUUCAGGACCGACUCCAACAGGCCAGCAGAGACGGGAGUAAGGAGGCGGAGCAGCUGCGCGAGGCGGUGCUGUUGGGGCGUGCCCAUGUGAAGGAGGCGGAGUUAGAGACUGAGCGGUGGGCGGAACAGGGCAGGAGGCUGCACACGCAGACACAGGCUCAGACCCUGGAGAUCACUCAGCUGAAACAGGACAGGCAGAACAACCAGGAGACCAUCAACAGGUUGCAGCACGAUGUGAAUGUCCUGCAGCAGCAGUUGUGUGAGAGCCGUGGCCUGGCCCACUCUCUACAGUAUGACCUCCAGAUAUGCCACAGAGUGUGUGGCGUCCCCAAGAACAUGAACACAAGUGAGGGGUCACACUCAGAGGAGUCUGCACCCUUUGACCCCAGGGACCUGCAUGUUCAGCUAGGGCAGCAGUUGACUUCUGGGACACGCCUUCCCGGAGCCAGGAUACAGCUCUUCCAUGACCCUGCUCUCUCUACCCCUGUCCGAGACACUGGACUCUUCAGCCCUGCUUCCCCUCUCUCCCUCACACUGGAACCCCGGGAGGUUGACUUUUCUCUUGAGGGCCAGGCUCCAGACGGCUCCUUGGCGAACCGUAAUGGCCACCAUGUUGUGGGCCACGUGGACGACUUCAGCGCCCUGCAGCAGCAGAUCCUGGAGGGGCGGGUCCUCAUUGGCAAGAUGGAGGCUGCCCUCCGGGCCACCGCCAACCACACCCUGCUGGAGCUCAGCCCGGACAAGCCUGUGGACCCUGGCUGUGUGAGGAGUCUGCUGACCCUGAGGAAGAUCCUCGAGGAUGCCAGCUCCCUGCUCAGAAUGUUCUGGAGGGCAGCACUGCCCAAUAGUGAGGGGUCCACUCAGAGCACCAAGAUGGAGCUGUCUCUAAAGGAGGUCCACACCAUGCGUCAGCGGAUCUCAGAGCAGGAGGAGGCUCUAAAGGACGCCAUGGAGAGACUGAAAAGCUCCAACCGCACCAAAGACAGUAUGGAACACUUCAUCGUCAGUCAAUUGUCAAGAACAAAGGAUGUCUUGAAGAAGGCACGGACAAAUUUAGAGGAGAACGAGCAGAGAAUGUCCUCCCUUGGCCUCACUUCUUUCCCCUCCUCCUCUUCCUCUUCCUCCCAUCCCUGGGUUGGUAAAGGUGAAAACCCAAGAGGCUUCUGUGAGCUCACCCAGUCUGCUGGUUGGGGUAUCGUGAAACCCCACAUCCAGGCUACAUCAUCCAGGACCCCUACGGUCCUGUGGCCUAAUACCCAGGGUCUGACGUACCGCGUUCCCUACAGGCAGCUUCUUUGUGAUGCACCAGCUCCAAGUUCCUCCUAAUACUGGGAGACAGGAUACUUCCUGUUGAAACAUGGGACAUAAUCUCAGGUUUCUGGUUAAAUAGGGAGAACACUUUAGUUGAGGGGAGACUGUCUGAUAGUCAGUAGGGGUUCAGCCAGGUGCUCUCUGUGAUGCUGUCGUAUGCCAAGCAGAACAGUGGUUAAUGAAUGUUGACGACUGUCUUAUGUCAGGUGUUAUGUAUAGCUUAUGUAGGUGUUACGAAGGUACCUCAACUGAAGUGUUUCCCCUAUUUUACCUGAGACAUAUAUUAUGUUUUGAGCUCUAUAUGAAACCUCUUCAAGGAUCCUAUGACAAUCAACCUUGAACAAGCCAGGAAUAGAAGCUUUUAAAAAGCCAAACAAGACAAAGUGCUUCCUUUUCGCUUCUAACAAGGCAAGUUUGUAAGUGUGUGUAUGUGUAAAGUAGUUGCAUGUUGUUUGAGGGAAAAAAAGCCAUAUUUAUAGAUGUUAGAUACCUUGUUUGUUUCGUACGAUACUUCUUCUGCUAUUGAAAUGGUCUGUUACUGAUGUCACAAGAUGUAAACACUAUUCAGAUUUUAAAGAUCCUAUGGAUGGGUUGACCCCAGAACUGUCUUCCUGCUGAACUGCUAGAACCUGUAACCAUACUAGAGAUGUAAAGAUUGUUCCCAGCUUUACAUCUAGUCUCUCGACCUGAGUCCUCAAAGAAGGCGGCAUACUGCAGCCAGCUGCAAUACAUUCAACUAUGACCUGCUGAUGUAUUCCAAUGACCUAUUUAACAAAGUGACAGGAGCAUUUGGUGCUUUGUCUAAAAUAAGUUGUAAAUGUUACAUUUUUGAUUUUAACAGAAUUGCCUCAAAGGCUGGACCACACAGUUUUUUAAAUCCAAAUGUGUAAAGUUGUUUUAAUUUGGGCUUAAAUUUAAACCCUUCUAAGACAAAAAAAAAAUGUCAAUAUUAUUUUGAUUCGAUUUUUUAAAAUUUUCUGUUGUGGUAACCAUAGAUGUUAUUUUCUAUUAACAAAAUCUGUGACAAUCAUCAGCAGGAUAUGUGAAAACUUGGUUUCUUACACUGAGAUAUGCAAAGCUGUAUCUGUAUAAGAUAGUACAUCUUACUGUAUGUACAUAAUGGCAGGGGCGUACAUUAAAACAGCUUUUUUUGUGUCAGGAAGAGGGGGUCUGGUGUCAAGGUCAGGGGCUUCCUUUAUUUUUUAUGCAUGUGUUAUAUAUCAAAUCCAGUUUUAUUUGUUGAAUUCCGUGAAAUGCUUACUUUACAAGCCCUUGUUGUUUUAGGGAGAAGCUUUUCAAUAAAACGGGACUAAAAUAUUAA